GUGGUUGCAUUUUUUUGCUUGGUGCACCUCUUGCGUUCAGCCAUUGCCAUGCCAUCCGUGUGCACCUUCCGCGGGGUGGAGCCCUGCAUGAUGACUCCGGUCAAGCUGCAUCGCUGCUCCACCUGCGGUUGGCCAUGCUGGAUGUGUGUGCAAUGUUUGAACGCAAGGUGGUGCCCAAGAUGUGGGCGAUGCCUAGGCGACUGCUUUUCGGAUGUGGAGGAAGAGCUACUGGAGGAGCUUCGGAUGGAGUACUUCCGCUCUGUUCCGACGGACGAUGGAAGCGCUUCAUCCCCGACUGACGAUCACGAUCGAUCCGCUACUGCCCAAUCGACCGGCGGGUCAACGACCGAAUCGACGGGCGCGAUCUCCCAAAAGACAUCAAGUCUCGACGAAUAUUGCGACGCUUCCCCAGCUGAACGAACCUUCACGGACGAAGGUGGGUUGCCAACCGGCCCAACUUGACUGCUGCAUGAGCAAUGCUGAGCCAAGAAGCCACCUUGACAGUGCGUGUAUAGGUGCGUCUGUCAAGUGGCUGCAUAGCGUAAUUCAAACUAGAUGACGAGUGGCCCGAGAGCAUUUUUCAUCACGUGGGAAGUCAGAG